AUGUCCAUAGAAAGCUCAUCUGGAUCGAUUGUUUUCAAUAAUUACUCAUUUAUGGUUAUUGGAAGACAUCGUCAAGCUGAAUAUCCUCCGACUGGAAUCCGGGUUUUCGACGGUAACACUGUAUCCGCUGACGUCGGUUACUUAUCCGAAAAUGAACUUCUGAUCUAUUGGGACUGUCCUUACAUAGGAUUCAAGACAGUUCUUAGUCACUUGGUCCACCUUUUCAACUGUACCACUUCACACCUCGGUCUGACAAAUAUGAGUAUGCCAGCUGACAUUUGCUUGUCAAUUGUUGAAUUAAUAAGAAGUCGUCAAACUGUGAUUGACAGUUUAGUGAUAUGUUCGAGUACGAUGAGUGAUGAAAAUGUCUUCAGAAUAGUGAAUCGACUCAAAGUCAUUGAGUACUUGGAGAUAUAUCAGGACCCUCCGAGAGAUCUUAAUAUUUCAUUCACAUCGAAAUCGGUGUAUAUAACUUUCUCAUCAUGGAUCACUUUGAAACAUCUGAAUUCUAUGAAACAUUGCACAGUGAUACGAUUAAGAGAGUCUACUCUAACCGACGAGGAUAUGACUUCAUUUCUGGAGAGCUAG